CUCCACAACUCUCCGAACAUGGUGCCCUGGAACUCUGCUAAAGCAAAGGUUCAACUCAGGCUAGGCGUACAGAGGCUGCGGACCCUGCAGGAGAAGAAGAGUGCCCAGGCAAAGGCCGCGCGGAGAGACAUAGCCCUUCUGCUUGAGAAGGGUAAGGUGGAAACUGCGAGGAUCAAAGUCGAGAACAUCAUCAAUGAAGACGUCUAUGUCGAGCUACUGGAACUCCUCGAGAUGUACUGCGAACUCCUCAUCUCGCGCUUCGGGCUCCUGGAUCAGAGUACGCGGGAGCCAGAUCCAGCCGUGAGCGAAGGAGUUUGCGCCGUGAUAUACGCGGCGCCCAGAACAGAGCUAAAGGAGCUGCAAAUUCUCCGCGACAUCCUGAUGCACAAGUUCGGCCGCGAGUUCUCGAUCGCGGUCAUGGAGAACAAGGAUAGAAUAGUCAGUGAACGUGUCACCCGGAAGCUGGAUAUAUCGACACCGUCAUCGGCGCUGGUCGAUGCCUAUCUCGGCGAGAUCGCGAAGGGGUACGGCGUAGCGUGGUCGCCCCCAAUCCCACCGAGCACAAAGGACGAAGACGAGGAUGGGGGCCCGGACGGAGGCGUCACGGAACGGCCGGAAGAGCCUGCGACGCCAGCGAAGGCAGCAGCGCCGUCUGCGGCUCUGGACUCGCCGAAGCCGCUGGACGCUGCAGCGAUAUCGGCGGAAGCCAGGAGCGCGGGCGUGCGCACGCCCAAGCUUCCCGAAGUUCCGGUGGAAGAGAAAGCGCCGCGUGUUGAGAAGUCGGCGGGGCUCGCGAGCCCGCCUGCGGAUCCCCCCGCGAAGGCUCCCCAGGAAGACGAGUUUACGGCGUUGGCGAAGCGUUUUGAGGCAUUGAAGAAGCGCUAGCCUGCGGAUCGGAGAUACCGAGGGUUGUUGUACGUUCAUGGAGUAAUGUAAGAUCUUUGUUUUGUACCACAGACGGACACGGCCC